UCUCAAGUUUAUCUACGAGAAUAUAAAUAUUUUAUUUUAUACGAUUGAAGAGACUAAAGAAAAGGACAUCUACAUUAUAUUCAUACAUUUUAUCUUAAAUAGUGGAGGAGUUAAUUAUAUUAUUUGACCUUCACCACUGUUGUAGAUUGUGUGCCAACUUCCACUCAUCUAGUAGUUGUAUAUUGCGGUUGAUGACUUGCAUUGGGUUUUUACUGAUGUGGUGUCAUAUGCAAUUGUUUCGUUGUUGCCACAUACUCCACAUGAUCAUUGGCAUCGAGACCCCUUGGGUGUGAUCGAGUCUUUGCAAAAGAGCAAAAAUCACAGUUGUAGUAGAGUUCGCUCGAAUAGUGAUCGCUUGCACCAUAUUUCUAAAAUUGCAUUGUUGCCAACAAUUCAUACCAUUCCUACACAAAAAGAAGAUACGUAAACUAUCUUCGACACCAUCAUCACACAAAACAAUAUGAUUAGGACAAUUGACACCAUUCUCGUGUAGCCUUGAGCUCCUAGGAAGACAAUUCUGAUAAAUUAUCCACAAAAGAUUUUUAACCUUUUGUAGUACCUUUAACUUUCAAAUUAGAUUUCAGCUGCCAACCAUUUUGAAAAUUGAAGUAUCAAUGAAGUUGUUUAGACAAAAUCGAUAGACACUUCAGAUAAUAUAUAUACCACUAGAAUCGACUUUCCAGACUCUGAUAUCCUCUCUCACUGAGUCAAAAAUAGGUGUUUUGAGAAUCUUUUGAGUGGUGCUAGGACCAAUCAUUGUUGUAACAAGGGAUCUAUUCCAUUCUUUAUGCCAAGGCAUAAGCAAACUAUAAAGACAAGCAUUUGCAUGCUGAUCAGACACCCCUGGUGGUUUAAUAAAGUUAAACCCAUCACUUAGCCAAUUGUUAUUCCACAAAGGGAUAUUGGAUCUGUUUCCAAUACUCCAACAGGAUCCCGCAUGCGUAAGUGGUUUUGUACUUCAAAUGCUCCUCUAAACAUAGCUUGAAUUAUGACCAAGGUUAGCAGACCAAAAAUCACAAAUAUUUAGCUUUGAAAAGACGAGUGACAAGGUUGUCCAGGUUAGAUAAUAACUGCAUCCUUGUUUACCUAACAUGGAUAUAUUGAAAACAUUUAUUUUUAAAACUCAUACCUUCAUCACAUUUGUGUAUUGCGAGCUUGUCCCACUUGAGUUAAUUGAUGCCUCUAGUUUGUCCUCCAUUUUUUCCCCACCAAAAUGAGUUCAUUAUUUUUUCCAUCUCAUCUCCUAAAGUAGGGGUAGCAGAAAUAUGCUCAUUACAUAGAUUGGAAUAGUUUGGAGUAUAAAUUUAAUUAGAACUUCUCGGCCCGCCCGGGAGAGAUUUUUACUACUCUAUGAAUUAAUCUUCUUAUGUUCUUAAUAAAUCUGAUAGUAUUUUUUUUUAUUACUUAUACCAAUCAUUGAAGGUAGUCCUAAGUAUUUUCCAUUUCUUAAUACCGAACACACACCUAAAAGGUCUGUAAUCCUUCCCUUCAAGUUUUCAUUCACAUUUCUACUGCAAAACACUUCAAAUUUUUAUAAAUUUAUAGAUUGACACGACGCAACUUCGUAAACAUACAAUAUAUUUUUCAUAAUCUAUGGUUCUCUAAUAAAGACUUUAAAAAACAAGAAACAAUCAUUUACAAACAAAAGAUGUGAAAUAACUAGAACGUUUGAACACACUUUAGUAUUAUGGAGGUCACUUCGACACACUUCCACAAACAUAUUAAAUUGUUAAUUUCGAUACAUUUCUUUUAUCUCAUAUUACUGAGUACUCUUCGUAAUAAAUAAUAAUCAGCAUUGUUGUAAUUUUAAUAGUGGGAAUAUAUCUUUAAAAGAAAGUAAAAAAAACCUGAGUCCCGGACCCCGGUAUAUGGUAACUACGGUUUCAUUUUUUUGCUUAAAUUCUAUUGGCGAUUUAAUUCAAAUAAUGGAUCGCCGGAAAAAAGGCAGUGAGAAAACAACGGCGUCUGAAGCCUCAGUCGCAGAAGCAUCGCCGGCAAUCUCAGCUUCAGAGGCCUUUACAGUCAACUUGCUAUGCGGAGUUGGCCUAGCUUUAUCCUUGUGGGUGGCUAACACCGUAUACUCCAUCAACCUCGUUACCGAUCCUUCUCUCACUCUCUUCAUCAUUUCGAUUACAGAGCUCCCGAUCGUGAUUCUUCUCUACAGUCGUUAUCGACAGAAUCGCCAACGAUGCUCGGUAUUCUAUAUGCAGCAGUAAAGAAACACAUGAAGUUUGAGCAAAGGAGCCUAAACAGAUCUCUGAUUGAUACAAUCCUUAAAAGCAUCUAAAGCAGCUACUGAACUUCUUGGAAACCCAUUCCUAAACUUUGCACUAACGACCUCAGCAUUCUUCUUCAUUUCUUCAUCACUCAUCAAUCUCUGUAUCCCCUCAACUAUAUCAUCCUUAGUUACCUUUUUUGAUAGAUCAUCAGAUACCAUGUAACCCACCC